AGCUUUCCUCUUUCCUUCUUCUCUCUUUCUAAGAAAAUUAGCCACACCACACCACACCUCAAGAAAAUUAUAUCACCGAUUAUUACCAUCAACAAUAUUCUUAUUAAUUAGUAGCAGUAGCACAACUUGUUCUUAUCAAAAUAUAGAGGGAAGAACAAAAGAAACCUGAAGAAAAAAUGGGAAAUUGCUGGCCUAAACCUGUAGAUAAUCUUCCUAGCUCUAACAAAUUUACUAGCCCACCUUCAGUGAUCAAGAAACAUACGGCUACUCCGGCAAGUAAUACCAAAAGGGCGGUGGUGGCGCAGCCUAGUGGAGAUGGCGGUGAUCAAUCGGAGAAAGAGGAAUUACCACUGCCGGCGAGUGGGAAAAUUAUUACUCCAAACUUGAAAAUGUUUACCCUAGCAGAAUUGAAGAGCGCAACGAAGAAUUUUAGACCAGAUACAGUAUUAGGAGAAGGAGGAUUUGGAACUGUAUUUAAAGGAUGGAUUGAUGAUAAAACAUUUGCUCCUUCUAAAGUUGGAGUUGGAAUUCCAGUUGCUGUUAAAAAAUCAAAUCCUGAUAGUGAACAAGGUCUCAAGGAAUGGCAGGCUGAAGUAAAGUUUUUGGGAAAAUUUAGUCAUCCGAAUCUUGUAAAAUUAAUCGGAUAUUGCUGGGAAGAAAAAGAGUUUCUGCUUGUAUAUGAACACAUGCUGAAAGGAAGUUUAGAAAGUCAUCUUUUCAGAAAAGAAUGUGCAGAAGCAUUGUCAUGGGAUACAAGGCUAAAAAUAGCAAUAGGAGCAGCUAAAGGUCUUGCUUUUUUACACACAACAGAGAAGCAAGUUAUUUACCGUGAUUUUAAAGCUUCAAAUAUUUUACUGGACUCGGAUUACAAUGCUAAGCUUUCUGAUUUUGGACUGGCUAAAAUGGGUCCGGUAAAUGGUGACUCACAUGUGACCACUAGAGUCGUUGGCACUUAUGGCUAUGCUGCCCCCGAGUACAUGGCCACAGGUCAUUUGUACGUGAGGAGUGACGUGUAUGGGUUUGGAGUUGUGUUGCUAGAAAUACUAACGGGCCGUAGAGUACUGGAUCUAAACAGGCCCAAUGGGGAGACUAAUUUAGUAGAAUGGGCCAAACCAAUGUUACCUGACAAAAAGAAGCUAAGGAAAAUAAUGGACCCAAGAUUGGAGGGACAAUACCCAUCAAAAGCUGCAUAUCAAAUAGCAGAAAUUAUACUACAAUGUCUUGAGCCUGAUCCUAAAACUAGGCCUUCCAUGGAAGAAAUUUUGGAGUGUUUAGAACAAUGUAACGCGAUCAAGAUGAAACCGAGAGAAAAAAAUGCCACUCGUGCCCACGAUCAACGAUCAGGAAAUCAUCGUAAUCACAACAACUACGGGCAUCGAUCACCUCUCCAUGUUAAAAAAACAGGUAGCGGUAAUGUAAUUGGAAACCAAGGCCGCCAUGCUGCCAUCAAUCGAAGCUACUGAAGCUUGAACGGGUCGUAGGGUCAUUUUCUUCGAUUCAAAUUAUCGCUAACUAAUUAUGUUGUACAAUUCCCUUGUUCUGAAGGUGGACGAUACGAAAGAAAUUGAUAUGUGGGCCUGUACACACUAUAGGCCCAAUCCAAAACCAAUGGAGGCCCAAUUUAUCAGCCCAUUUAAAUGGGCCCCUGAGACCUGUUGGUACUUUGAAUUGGUCUUACAUAAUCAUGAAAAAGCUGGCAUAUGUCUGUAUCAGACUGAAUGAUAGUCAACAUCAAGAAAAGAAUGGACUUCCACUUAUCACUGUAAUUGUUACCCUUUUUUUCCUUUUUGUAACUUCUUUUUUGUACUGACUAGAUAUGAUUGUAUUGCUUUUGUCUGUAUAUUUUUAAAUUUUUGGAUUCAUUUUGUAGGGUGAUCAUUCUUCAUCUAUCAUAUUCUUAAGGUCAACAUUGA